AGCACUUUCCUGUCUCCCCAUCCCGCACCAACCUGGAGGAGAGAGAGCGCAACUACAUCACUGCCCCUGCCUCCUCCUCACAGCGUUGGUCGCCAUCCAUCCCCUCUCCUCCUGUACCAUAACAGAUGGUGGGAACAACAUUGCAUCCACCGGGCACCACAACAAUAGACCGCAGCAUCCAGUCCAGACGACGCUGGCCUUGCACCAUCAUGCUCCUCGUGCAGGGCUGCGCGAGGCUGUGAGUGCCGUCGUGAUCCGUUUCACGCGGUACCACCACGGCCACGGAGGAACCUUCUUGCGACUGUUUGGGCUCUCCAUCGAGCGGGGAAGAUGGCCGCUAUGAAAAUAUUAACAGGCACGGGGCUCUUCUUGGCUUUCUGUGCGCUCGGGCUGCUCGCCAUGGCGAUUUGCACCGAUUAUUGGUACGAGACCGACGCGAGGAGACAUCGGGAGAGGUGUAAAAACUAUGCCAACAAGCGAAACGACCCGGGCUACAUCUACAUUUCCAACCACAACCUCCCCCUCCAGAUGCCUCCAAAGAGCCUGGAGAGGAAAGGUAACGGCCCAGAUGCUGGAGCUCUCAUCAGGGGGAAGCGCCACUUUCUGGCCGCCGCGUCUGCCAUGGAGUCCCACUGCAGCCGGCAGUUUAACUCCACCAUCUCCGGGCUGUGGAGGAAGUGUCACCGGGAGGGCUUCGACCUGGAGACCGAGGACCUUAUUUACAAAGGAAUUAUUCAAAGAUGUACCCCAGUCAAGUAUCACUACUCUUCGUCCAUCCUACCACGCAAUUUACCCAUCAACAUCACAAAGACCAUACGACAGGAUGAGUGGCAUGCACUCCAUCUAAGAAGAAUGACGGCCGGCUUUGUGGGCAUGGCUGUGUCCAUCAUUCUCUUUGGCUGGAUCAUUGGAGUGCUGGGAUGCUGCCAGCAGCAUGACCUCAUGCAAUAUGUAGCUGGGCUACUCUUUCUCAUGGGAGGAACAUGCUGCAUCAUCUCCUUGUGCACAUGUGUGGCAGGAAUCAACUUUGAGUUAUCCCGCUACCCCCGCUACAUGUACGGCCUCCCUGAGGACAUUAGCCAUGGCUAUGGCUGGUCCAUGUUUUGUGCCUGGGGGGGCCUCGGUCUCACAUUGCUGGCUGGCUUCCUCUGCACCUUGGCCCCCUCCCUGAGCACGCCCGCUCGCACAACAACCCACAAGCCCAGGCAGGAGAAUGGAACCGUGUGACAGAGGCGUCGUGAAGCGACUGACCCACCGAACGCACAAACCACACCCUUUCAACCUUGAUGUUUAACUCAGAAACAGUUUUUGUCUGAUCACCAUCUCACACCACCCUCGACAUCUCCAUCUCCCCUUGAGUGUUCAGUGUGCCUGAGUUGUGACCGAAAGGAGCGACAAACUUCACACACCUAAUCUCAAAAUUUCCCAGAGGGACCUCCAGGAACACCAAGACUAUCACCUGCAGUGACAUACGACUGGGGCACAGCUCUCAUAGCACAAAUAAGACAUUUUUUUUGGUUCAGAUGUUUGACAUGCUGAUCUAAAGGUGACUGUUUUCUCUAAAGAGAAUUUGUCUUAAAAUGGUGCUCUCUUAAAUACGUAAAGCCACACACACUCCCACACAGCACACACACACCAGCACAUGCUUUUCCACACAUGCUCAAUUACUCCGGAUGAAUCAUGGGAGAAAAAAAACCCACAUCAGGCCAGAGCAUCUUGUCAGCAUUCCUCUUUCAGUCGAGUGAUGUGCACUGUGUUAUUGUUCGUAAUGAAAAAAAAAAAUCUGGUGUUGACUGCCCAUUGCUUAUCUUUAGCAUAGCACACUAACUGAUAUGAAACAUGAGCCCUGGGGGGAGCGUCUACAGCCUCUGCAGAGCACAAAAUGGAUCUAGCAGCGUGGUCAGUACGAUAAAAUAAUCUAAAGUAAAACAGCAUUGAAGAGAAAACAGUUUGACUUCUUUAAAGAUUCUAUAUGUAUAAAUGCAUCUCUGUGUAGAUCCAGAUCAUUGUUUGUGAAGUAGAUUUUGAAUAAGACUGUUUGUUUUCUGUUUGUUUAGAGGUGAUGAUGGCUGACAGGGAGGAGAGGAUAAAGAGUUACAGAGUGGUGCUACAAGAGCGUGAAUCCAUUCUUGGAUUCAGCAACGUAAAGGUAUUUUACCAAACUGACAGACGCAACCCGGCUGUUUGCUGACAAAACAAGAAAACAAAACUGUGGAGGGAGUGUUUGAUUGCUCCAUUGUUUACCCUCAAUGUUGGUCAGCCUUUUUGUGUAAUACAAGCAAGUUAAGCGAUUUUUGAAGGGAGAAAAAAAAAUGAAACUUCAGUGAUCCUGCGAAAAACAAAAGCACAAGCUGCGUUCCAAAUCCUCAUCUACACUAAGCACAGUAACAUAGUAACAUCACACAUCAAUAGAGGGCCAAAGUGUCAUCACAUCUUGAAUAUAAUCAGCUCAGUGGUGGUUUAAACAAUGAAACAAGCACAGUAUGGAUGAUCAUUUAUGUGACUGAUAAUGUUCUCACAAUGAAUUGCACACAGGAGACAGAGGAGCUGUUUUUUUUAAAACAUGUGGACAUCAUAAAUCCAUGAGACGUUUGAUUUUAAAGUCUAAAACUAGAUUCACAGUUUGACUGAUGUGUUGAACACAUCUUGUAUAAUUUAUUGAGGCGGAAAAUACAUAUUUAUUGUGUACUUACAUAGAAAAUGGUACACUAUGUAUCAUGUAGUGUACUUAAUUUUUGGGAUUCAAUUGUUGGAUUAAAAGUACUUCCAAAUUUGGUGUUGAAAAAAGCACAAAUAGUAAUUUAGAAAGGACUGCAGUCGUGUAUGUUUAGAGCUGUAUUCCAAAUACACACUGUAAGCUUAUUUUGUGUUUUAAUCGGAAAAUGACAAAAUGAAGUUCACUUAAGAAUCAGUACUAAAAUGACAAGGUAUAUUAUGCAGGAUUUCUAUAAAAACAAUGUGUAGACUCACGCAGAAUCAUCCAUUAUUACCCCCUUGAACUGUGUGGAAGUGUAUUUUCCUGCAGAGACUCUGCACUCUGCCUGUAUUUUCUAUUUUCUGGGUUCAGAAUAGUUUUUUGGGCAUGUACCCCCACAGCACUGUGGCGAGGUCGGGGCUUUGGUGUCACCUGAUGUGGACCCAAAUGCAAGAGAAGGCAGGCGACAGGAAUUUGAUUUGAUCACUUUGUAUUACAAUGAUGGAAACAGCACACUGAAAAUCUGACAAAUCAAUGAUCCAACAAAGACUGAAAUGAUAAAUGAAAUACAAACUAGUCUUGACGAGGGGAUGAAUUGCAGGUGGAGAGAAAUGGUGGAGGAGCUCAAGUGAGGGAAAUGAGGUGAUUAGGCAGGAGAACAGGCAGCGAGCUGAUUGGCUGGGAGAAACUGAGGAGCAGGGAAGGACUAACAAGGCUGAUGCGGGACAGCUGUGUAGAUGGACAAAUAAGGGAGAGGCAGCACAAAAACACAGCAACAGAAUCUUCUAAAAAAAAAAACAGCAGAGUAAAAAACAAGGACAAACUAAUUCAGGCAACUUAAAUGAGUCUUUUACACUCAAAAAUGCAAAUAUAGUGAGGGGAAACGCCAAAUGAGAGUGAAUCUCAGGUUGGCUUUUACGAUGAUCUUCAUUUUCACUGGAGUCUGUUUACAAACACUAUCCAAGAAUCCUGCAUGGUAUACCUAGAAGUGUUUGACAGCAGUUCAAAAACUAGGACAUUUUGCGUGAAAAAAAGUAAUAAAGUCAACAUUUCUUAAAAUUGUGCUGUUUCAACUCAGCAGUCGGAUUGCUGUUUGGUGCACAGCUUGAACUAUGUGUCUUCAGUACAAAUCAGACAAACACCAGUUUGUGUGUCUCAACUUACAAAAUUGUACACUUCAUAGUACGUAGUAUGGGUCAGGGCCAUGUUUCAGACUUAAUUUGUUCAGUGGAAAAAUGAGAAACAAAAAUGAUAACCCACAACAGCCAUUUUUCUGUUACCCCACCCCAGUUAUUAGAGCUCAUUUAUUUUCAAACUCAUGUCACGAGUUCAUGAAACAAGAAUACUACAGCCAUGUGUGUUGAAGUUUUUAUAAAUCGCUGGAGAUGAGUCAUGAGAUAUUCUAUCAGCUAUGUCAAUUAACUUUCAUAAAAAAAGGUGUUAUAAUGUGUGUUGACAACACUGUGUGUGAUGUUCAGUCCUCUCACCAUCACCAUUAACCUCCUCAUGAGGCUAACACUCUUCAGAAGUCGAGGAAAUUAACUGAGGCAUGAUUGAAAACUGUAUCUUCAGUGUCUUGUUGAAUCUUUGCACUUUGCUGGGUCUCAUAAAAGUCUGUGAACCUGAAGUCUGAGCAGGUAGAGUUCUAAGUUUUAUGUUUGCAAGGUCACAUGUGAGAGCAGAAGAUGAUCAGAGCAUGUAAUAAGCACCCUGUUGUGUCUUUUACAACAGGUUUGGGUUUAUACCAUGUUGUGUGUUUAGGGUCAGUCGGUCUAGGCUCUUAUUGUGAAAAUAUUUAUGCCAGAAACAAGGACAUGCCAUAAAUAUAAAAGUAUUUAUAUCUAUGGUCAUUACACUAACACCUGAGUCAGUGUGAUUUCUGACGUCCACAGAAUGCAAUGCUGUUUGGUGUUUUGGUUUUAUAAAGUUUUAAGUUCACACCCAGACUGAUGUGCAGUAAUAGAAGUAUUACUGUAAGCAGUAAUCUGUAAUGUAUAAGUACAUGGUGCAAGUAUAAUGUGUUGUUAGGACUGAAGCACAAUUGCACACAACUCUUAUAAGGUUUUUUCAUGUAUUAUAGUUGGGGAAUCUGACUUUUCCAGUACUGAUUUGCCACCACUGCACAUGUGCAGGACUUAGUAUUACAAGCAAAAAUUUUCAAGCAAAUAUUAAUGACCCCGUAUCGCAAAAAGUAAAUUACAAGAACACUAACAAUUGUCUGUAUUUUCAAGCUAAGAUUUUGUCACUGAUUGGAGUUUCAAUACAGGAGAACAGCAGCACACAGUAGCAAGAUUGACAAAACACUAAGAAUGAUGUGCUUUAGAGAACAAAUGAGGUCAACGCAGUGUAACUGUAUUUGGAAAUUGUUGUAAAAUCCCUCUAAAGUGGCAACUUCCUUUGUCUCAUGAGGAAUUUAGACAUGUACUCUGUGCAAUGAGAGAUGCCCUGUGAAAACGCCACCAUUCAGAGUGGCACUUGUUUCAGUAGCACAGCUAUUAUUUUCUACAAGUCAUUUAUACUGGUUCAAUCCACUGCAGAUGUUACGUGGGGACUAAAAGACAUUACAGUCUUGCAUGAUCUCAUUACAGUUAGUUUCUUUCAAUAUAUUUAAA